AGGGGCCGGGAGCCCGCAUCUCCCUCGGGCCGGAGGAGGGAAUGGACAGCGCCAGAGCCGGCCGGUCCUCGGGGCUCCGGGCUGGCCAGCUGCUUGGCCUCUUAGCCCUCGCGGCUCUUCUCGCCUCCGCUCCCCACCAUAACUUGGCCGCGUCUUUGCGUGAGAGAUCUUUACUGUGGCUCCCUGGGGUGGGGUGUCGCAGAGCCCGGGGAAUCCGACUCACCUUCCCAGGCUGCCCGGGAGAAAUUGAACCAGCCGGGCACCCACCCCCCGCCCGUGCCCCGGCUCUGGGGCGCGUUCUGCCUGGGUGUGUGCGGGGAAUGCUUCUGUGAGCUGGCGCCACGGCACUGCGGCUUCCCUCCCCGCGCGUGUCCUCCCGGAGGCCCCUCUGGCCGAGACUUUCCUUCCGCCAGCGGGGCCCGGCGGCCGGAGCGGGGGGGACGCGAGUGGGGCUGGCCGGCCGAACGAGCCCCGGGGAGGCUGGCGGGCGACGGAGAGCGCUGGGCCGGUUGUCUCCAGCGCGCACUAUCACGGGCGCGUAGUAGAUGUCGCUGUUGUCCGUGCUUACGCGGCCGGCCGGCCGGGCUCUGGAGCACGUGACCUGCGAGGAGGCUGCGGCUCAAGGCCAUUUUCAAAUCUCAUUGGCUUGGUUGUCAUGUGGUCGGCAGAGGCAUCCACAAUUACACGGGGAAUGUUUUCCUAGAGAUGUCAGCCUACAAAGGACACAAUCUCUCUUCUUCAAAUUCCUCCCCAAAAUGUCCUUUCCCAACAGCUCUCCUGCUGCUAAUACUUUUUUAGUAGAUUCCUUGAUCAGUGCCUGCAGGAGUGACAGUUUUUAUUCGAGCAGCGCCAGCAUGUACAUGCCACCACCUAGCGCAGACAUGGGGACCUAUGGAAUGCAAACCUGUGGACUGCUCCCGUCUCUGGCCAAAAGAGAAGUGAACCACCAAAAUAUGGGUAUGAAUGUGCAUCCUUAUAUACCUCAAGUAGACAGUUGGACAGACCCGAACAGAUCUUGUCGAAUAGAGCAACCUGUUACACAGCAAGUCCCCACUUGCUCCUUCACCACCAACAUUAAGGAAGAAUCCAAUUGCUGCAUGUAUUCUGAUAAGCGCAACAAACUCAUUUCUGCUGAGGUCCCUUCGUACCAGAGGCUGGUCCCUGAGUCCUGUCCCGUUGAGAACCCCGAGGUUCCUGUCCCUGGAUAUUUUAGACUGAGUCAGACCUACGCCACCGGGAAAACCCAAGAGUACAAUAACAGCCCCGAAGGCAGCUCCACAGUCAUGCUCCAGCUCAACCCUCGCGGCGCGGCCAAGCCGCAGCUCUCGGCCGCCCAGCUGCAGAUGGAAAAGAAGAUGAACGAGCCUGUGAGCGGCCAGGAGCCCACCAAAGUCUCCCAGGUGGAGAGCCCCGAGGCCAAGGGCGGCCUUCCGGAAGAAAGGAGCUGCCUGGCUGAGGUCUCCGUGUCCAGUCCCGAAGUACAGGAGAAGGAAAGCAAAGAGGAAAUCAAGUCUGAUACUCCAACCAGCAAUUGGCUCACUGCAAAGAGUGGCAGAAAGAAGAGGUGCCCUUACACUAAGCACCAAACGCUGGAAUUAGAAAAAGAGUUCUUGUUCAAUAUGUACCUCACCCGCGAGCGCCGCCUAGAGAUCAGUAAGAGCGUUAACCUCACCGACAGGCAGGUCAAGAUUUGGUUUCAAAACCGCCGAAUGAAACUCAAGAAGAUGAGCCGAGAGAACCGGAUCCGAGAACUGACCGCCAACCUCACCUUCUCUUAGGUCCCAGGCCCGUCGGAGGCCAGGAUCGGAGAGGGGGCACCGCGUUCCAGGGCCGAGUGCUGGAGGACUGGGAAGGCGGAAACAAAACCUUCAUUGCUCUUUGUUUUUUGUUUUGUUUUGUUUUGUUUCCUGCUAGAAUGUGACUUUGGGGUCAUUCUGUUCGUGCUGCAAGUGAUCUGUAAUCCCUAUGAGUAUAUAUAUUAAAAAAAACUAGCACGUGUAAUUUAUUUUUUUUUUCAUCGUAAUGCAGGGUAACUAUUACUGCGCAUUUUCAUUUGGGUCUUAACUUAUUGGAACUGUACAGCCUCCAUCGGUCCAUUCAUCCAUCCAGCAAUGUGACUUUUUCAUGUUUUUCCUAACACAAAAGGUCUGUGUGUGUGGUUAGUCCAUGAUCUCAUGGCGUUUUGAAUACAUCCAGUACUUUAAAGUACUUAAAUUACAUAUAUAUUUAAAAAAGAUUACGAAAACCCACAAGCUUUGGGGGGGAGGGGGACUAAAAAAGCACAUUACAAUGUAUCUUUUCACAAAUGAACUUAGCAAUUGUCCUUGGUGAGAUGGAAUAUUGACGACUUAUGCCUUGUAGCCUUCCCUUGUGGUGCAUCUGUGGUUUGGUAGAAGUACAACAGCAACCUGUCCUUUCUGUGCAUGUUCUGGUCGCAUGUAUAAUGCAAUAAACUCUGGAAACGA